AUGAAAACGCGAAGACGAAAUUAUGAUAAAGACAGACUCAGUGAUUUACCUGAUUGUCUUUUACUUCAAAUAUUGUCGCAUUUGAAUAUCAUGCAAGCUGUUCAAAUAUCAAUCCUCUCCACAAGAUGGAAGAAUCUCUGGAAACAUAUUUCUGUUCUUUCUAUAAAUUAUAGUCACUCCUUCCAAACUCUCGAGAGUUUCACUAAUUUCGUCUAUCAAUUUUUGUCUCAUCGCAAUGGCAAAACCUGCCUGCAAGCUCUGAAUUUCGACUGCGACGAAUAUAUUGAGUCUCGGUUGCUCAAAAGGAUCAUGAACUACGUAUUUUCACACAAUGUCCAACGAUUAGAUAUCACCGUGGCUUGUAAUAUUGAACCAUUUCCACUUUGCAGCUUUCCAUAUCACACUUUAACCUCUCUUAGACUUUUUUCAUGCAGGGAAUUUUCUUGUUCAAACCCAUCAUUUCCAAAUUCUCUUAAAUUACUACCUGCAUUAACCUACUUGUGUAUUGAGUUCUUUACAUUUCGCGAUGAUUACUAUGCUGAGCCCUUUUCUGUAUUUAAAAGUUUGAAUACUUUGCUCAUUCAAUUUUGUGAUGUUUUUAACGAAAACAACUUUCUUCACAUAUCAAGUGUCUCCCUUGUUAAUUUAACAAUAGCGUUGCCUUCCCACGCUUACAAAUUCAAGUUAUCUACCCCCAAUCUUUCUACCUUUGAUUUUUUGGGUGAUCCCUUACAAAAUCUCUGUGGGAGCACUAACAAUAACUGUUGCAAUUUCUCUUUUGUUAAACAUGCAAAGAUUGCUUUACCAGUGACCGGUGUCGAAAAUUUUCCUUCUAUAUUAUUCAAUUGGCUGGUUGAACUUGCUCUUGUGGAAUCAUUGACAAUCUCUCCAAGGGCUCUUGAGAUUCUCAACUUAAUUCCUGAAUCAUGGAAGAUUGAUUUUCCUUAUUUACAUAACUUGAAGUUACUGAAAAUAGAAUCAUACUAUCCUACACCAAUACCCAAUGGAACAUGGGAAUUUUUGCUUCAAAAUGCACCUUCAGCAAAGAAAGUUAGAGUCAUCAAAAGAACCACCUAG